AACAAAAAUUUCGAGCUUCAACAAAGCACAUCCAGCACUGCACCGAGUCAGCACCCUGCAACUGGCUUUCUUCUAUUCUCGUCUUCCUUUUCAUAUCCGAAUGAUACAUUCCCUCAUUACGUCGCAGACCCCGACUUCGCGCCUCAAUUGAGGCCCCUUCGCCAUGCCUCUCCACCCUCCCUCUCAUCCGUCCCUCACCCACGUCCGAACCUUCACCUGCACAGCACAGAAUCUCGCAAAAUCCACGAAGCAGCGACUCAAGUACGAGCAUACCGCUGUGCCACCAUACCCGUAUGGCCCCUCACAAAUCUACAAACAAUCCAAUUUUGGUCUCUACGGCACGCAGAAGAUUCGAUUCGGAAACAUGGUCUCAGAGAAGAACGAGAUCAAAACGAGGAGAUACUGGCGGCCGAAUGUACAGUUCAAGCGAUUAUGGAGCGAAGCGUUACAAAAUUACAUCAAAUUGAGGAUCACGACGAGAGUGCUGAGAACUGUAGAUAAGGUUGGGGGACUAGAUGAGUACCUGUUGGGGGAGAAGGCUGCGCGAAUAAAGGAGCUGGGAAUGGGUGGGUGGAAGCUGAGGUGGCGGAUCAUGCAGACGAACGCGGUGAAGGAGAGAUUCAGGUUGCAGAGGGAAGCGUACGGGUUGCCACCGAAAGUGGACGCUCCUACAAGAUGGAAUGGUCAGAAGGCUACGAAGCUGCAGGUUGCCGAGGAAAUCCGGGAAUUCGAUGCAGACAUCGCGAAGGGGCAAGAACUCGAGAUCGGUGAGGAUAUGGAGGAGCAAGUGGUGGAACCUGGGUCCAUGCAGGAAGAGCCUAUGAGGUCGGAGAAGGUGGUCUUAUAGAUCAUCGAUCUGUGUAUAUCGACUGUAACAAUAUCCGUUCAUGUCAGGCUGCC